UGAAGGCUGCCUAUGCCAUGGAGUUUGCAGUGGAAGAAAUCAACAGAAACCCCCUCAUUCUGCCUGGUGUGAAGCUCAACUACAGAAUCCUCGACUGCUGUGCAAGACACCCCUGGGUGCUGCAUGGAGCAUUCUCGCUGGUUGGGGGAGAGAUGGAGAGUUGGGGCCCAUCUGUACCGCUGAUCAUCGGUGGGGCUUCUUCUACCACAGCUAUAAUACUGUCUAGGACACUGGCCUCUCUCUCUGUUCCAGUAAUUAGCUACCUUGCUAGCUGUCCCUGUCUUAGUGACAGACAUCGGUUUCCUAACUUCUUCAGGACCAUUCCCAGUGACGUCUACCAGGCUAAGACCAUGGCCCGACUUGCAAUACUCUUCAACUGGACAUGGAUUGGAGCAGUCUUUGCAGACAAUGAUUACGGCCGACUGGCAAUUCAGACAUUUCAGGAGGAGAUUGAGGGAUCAGGGGUUUGUUUGGCUUUUUCAGAAGCUGUUAGCAGGGAGACUAUUGAGGAAGAUGCAAAACGUGCAGCUACCACUGUUCAGCAUUCCACUGCAAGAGUGAUACUGAUCUUUUGCUGGUUUACAGACGUGGGGGAGUUGUUUCUUGAACUGGCCAAGCGAAAUGUGACUGAUAGGCAGUUCCUUGCCAGUGAGGCUUGGAGUACUAGCAGCGAUCUUUUGCAAGAUGUUGCCAUUUUGAACGUGGCAAGUGGUGUGUUAGGUGUUGCUAUACGAAGUGCAAGGAUAGCAGGAUUUAAAAGUUUUCUCCAGCACUUAAAACCCUCUGAUCGUCCUGGUGACCUGCUUUUGAGAGAAUUCUGGGAAAAGGAGUUUGGAUGUAGACUUUCAAUGACACCAUUUCAUCCUCAGUCCAUGUCUGAGAGUUCAACUACAGCAACUCCCCUACCACAGUGCAGUGGGAGCGAAACUCUCGAAGGGGUAGAGAAUGUUUUUACUGACACUACCCAUUUAAGGGCCACGUAUAACGCAUACCUGGCUGUGUAUGCUGCAGCCCACGCUCUCCAUAAACAUCUCACGUGCCCGGAUGAGGACAGUCCUCCAAGAGACAACGGCUCCACUUGUAGCUCACCUUUUAACAUUAAGCGAAAAGAGUUGUUAGAGCACCUGAACAGGGUGAACUUCACUACUCCAAACGGGGAGGAAUUCUUCUUCCAAGGAGCCGACAUCCCAGCUGCUUAUGACCUGGUCAACUGGAAGACCUCCCCUGAUGGGUCACUGAAACUAGUUCUGAUUGGUCGAGUGGAUGGCCUGGAAUUACACCUGAACCAAACAUCUAUUCAGUGGACUACAGGCUCCAAUCAGGUGCCUAUUUCUGUAUGCAGUGAGAGCUGCCCCCCAGGAACCCGAAGAGCCAAUAGGAAAGGGGAGCCUGCCUGCUGCUUUGACUGUAUCCCCUGUACUGAUGGAGAGGUCAGCAAUGAGACUGGUUCCCAUCAGUGCAGGCGAUGUCCUGUUGAGUUCUGGUCCAACCCGGGGAACACGGCCUGUAUUCCACGCAAAGUGGACUUCCUGUCUUUUAAUGAGACAAUGGGAAUUAUCCUGACAGCUGCAGCGGUGUCCGGGGCUGCAGUAACGACAGCUGUGUUUGCGGUUUUCCUACACUUUCGAAACACUCCGGUGGUGCGUGCAAAUAACUCAGAGCUGAGCUUCCUGCUCCUCCUGUCACUCAAGCUCUGCUUCCUGUGUGCGCUGGUGUUCAUUGGUCGUCCCUCCGUGUGGUCCUGCCGCUUACAGCAGGCAGCUUUCGGGAUCAGCUUUGUCCUCUGCGUCUCCUGCCUUCAGGUGAAGACCAUAGUGGUCCUGGCCGCUUUCCGCUCAGCUCGGCCAGGAGCUGGAAGCCUGAUGAAGUGGUUUGGUCCGGGCCAGCAGAGAGGCAGUGUCUGUUUCUUCACCAGCAUACAGGUGAUCAUCUGUACCAUAUGGCUAUCCCUCAGCCCUCCUGUGCCUUAUCGUGACCUUGGUUUCCAGGGGUCAAAGGUUAACCUAGAGUGUGCCAUGAGUUCAGUGGUGGGCUUUAUAGUUGUCUUAGGCUACAUAGGCUUCCUAGCCUGCCUCUGUCUCCUCCUUGCUUUCCUGGCUAGGAAACUACCUGAUAACUUCAAUGAGGCCAAGUUCAUCACCUUCAGCAUGCUGAUCUUCUGUGCUGUCUGGGUGGCCUUUGUCCCAGCCUACAUCAGCUCUCCAGGGAAGUACUCAGUGGCUGUGGAGAUCUUUGCCAUCCUGGCUUCUAGUUAUGGCCUGCUGCUGUGCAUCUUUGUUCCAAAGUGCUUCAUCAUCCUUCUGAGGCCUGAAAGGAACACAAAGAAACAGCUGAUGGGCAGAUAG